AUGAUCGAAGAACCACCAUCCGUUUCAACCAUCAAUGCCAUUGAAAACCGGCAAAGAUCCUUGCUAUUCUAUGUGAAUGGACAGCGCCAUAAUCCUUCUCUUUGUUCCUUACAAAGUAUUCAUAUGAGCUUGGCUGAAUAUUUGAGAGAAUCAUGUGGACUUACUGGAACGAAAAUUGGAUGUAAUGAAGGAGGAUGCGGAAGUUGUGUGGUUAUGAUCUCAAAGUUUGUAUCUUCAACAGGAUCAUCUUCAUGUACCGAUCAGUUGUAUGAUGCAACUAAUGAUGGUCAUUACAGACACAGUAACCAGAGAAGCGAGCAUGAUCCGCAUAGUGGUGUGGUCAAGAAUAUGGCCAUAAACGCUUGUCUUUUUCCGUUAGUACUAAUGGAUGGCUGUGCUGUUAUAACAAUCGAAGCGUUUGCCAAUCUCAAAGAUCAUGUUCUCAAAUUAUUACAAGAUCGAGUUGUUGAAUUCAAUGCCCUUCAGUGUGGAUUCUGCACUCCUGGAAUUAUAAUGAGCUUAUACUCUUUGUUAAGGAAUCAUCCUCAUCCUACAAUGGAACAAAUUGAAUUGGCCCUUGAUGGUAAUUUGUGUCGAUGCACCGGUUACAGAAGUGUCAUGGAAAUGGCUCGGACUUUUUGUGAGAAUUUCGACUCUUGCUGCAAACAAACACGAUCAACCGCUGAAACCGACGAUGAUUGUAUGAAAAACAACACCAGCCUCGAAGAUUGUUGCCAAGGUAGCUCCUCGUCAUGUGCAUGUAAGGCAAAAGGUUCAAAUGAAGAGCAAAAUAGAGUCACUAACUAUUCUCCCGAAGAAUUUCCUUCACACCCAUUAUUUCCUUUUGAACUGAGAAACUACAAGCCUGAAUAUUGGGAAUAUUGUGAUAAGAAUAUUGAGUGGUAUCGACCUUUAAAGAUGGAACAAUUGGAAUGUGUUUUGAAAUCUCUCCACAACAGAGGGAAAAUGUCAACCACAAAAUUUAUUGUUGGUAAUUCAGAAGUUGCAUUGGAGAUGAGACACAGAAAUCAUAAUUACUCUCAAUUUAUUGCCAUGACUCAUAUUGAUGAGUUGUUACAAGUGAAGAUUGAGCAAAACAUUCUCAGCGUUGGCUCCUCUGUAACUAUCAAUACGCUGAUGGACUUCUUGCAGCUUCGAAUGCAAGAAUACGAGAAAGCAGGAGAGAUUUGUAAAUGUACCAAGAUGAAGGCCAUAUUUGAACAAUGUAAAUGGUUUGCUUCUACUCCUGUUAGAAAUGUUGCAUCAAUAGGAGGUAACAUCAUGACAGGAUCCCCAAUCUCUGAUCUAGUACCAGUUUGGCAAGCCUUGAAUGCAUCUCUUACAUUUUAUAAUGUGGAAAUACACUCAAGAAGAAAAGUUUCGAUCCAAAAGGUAUACACAGGAUAUCGAAAAUUAGAUGUUUCUGACUCUGAGGUUUUAAUUAAGAUUGAAAUUCCCAAUAUCGAGACCGAUUCAGAUUAUGAGUAUUGUAAAACUUACAAACAAUCUAGGAGACGGGAAGAUGGAGUUGCCAUUGUCAAUGCAUGCAUGUAUUUAAAAUUAUCUCCAUAUGAUUUUAAGAUUGAGAACUGCUCGUUUUCUUUCGGAGGAAUGUCGUUCAAGACAGUUCAUUUGGAAAAACUCUCUCAAUUCCUUAUUGGAAGAUGUUUUAAAGAAGAAACUCUCUUUAAUGAGGCACUUUCAAUCAUCAAUCAAAAUCUUACUCUCUCACCAGACGCUCCUGGAGGUCAAACAUUGUACAGAAUGACUCUGGCUCAGAGCUUCUUUUUCAAAUUCUGGGUACAUGUAAAGAAGAAACUAAACAUGACAAAAGAAGAAGAAGUCAGCGUCCUCACGGAUCACCAUUACAUUCCAAAAGAUUGUUUUGAGUUCUCUCAAUAUAUUGAUCAUGUUAAACUGAAUCCCAAUAUCAUAGAGUCUAAUGCCAGAAGGUCCAAUUCUAGCGUAGGAAGAAGCCAUUCUGAUGUCUAUGCAUAUGAUUGUGUUUCAGGAAAAGCCAUGUAUAUCGAUGAUAUUCCUACUCUUCCUAAGGAAUUGAAAGCCGCUCCUGUGUUAUCAACUAAAUCAUUUGCACGAAUAUUGAAAGUAGAUGCAUCGAAAGCUCUUUCCAGUAUUGAAGGUGUUGUUGAUUUCAUUUCUUUCAAAGAUGUACCUCAACGAAAUAGAGUAGGAGCCAUUAUUCCUGAUGACGAAGAAUUGUUUUUGAGCGAAAUAUGUACAAGUACAGGUCAACUCAUUGGUUUAAUACUCGCUGAAACUACUCAUCAAGCGAGAGAAGCAGCCAAACUGGUCCAAGUUGAGUAUUCCGACCAUGAUGAAGCUCCAAUCUUAUCAAUCGACGACGCUAUCAAAAGAAAAUCGUUUUAUGAAGAUUGGACAAGAAGUAUGAUAACCCAACCUUCUUCCAUAGAUGUACAAAAUUUAAUUGAAAAAGUUCAAACUUUCAAAAAAAACGGACAAGAAACUAACUUGCAUGUAGUAGAAGGAACUGUCAACAUUUCAGGACAAGAACAUUUCUAUAUGGAAACUCAGGGAUGUAUUGUCAUUCCAUCCUCUUCUUCAAUUAACUUUCAUGAAAAGAAUGCAAUAACAGUUUUUUCAUCUGCUCAAGGAUUAAGCUUGGUUCAAACAUUGGUUUCUCAAGCCCUCGGUCUUCCAAUGAAUCAAAUUCUUGUGAAAACUCCGCCCAAAAUAGGUGGAGGAUUUGGUGGCAAAGAGACAAGAAGUGCAUUUCUUGCUGCUGCUUGUGCUGUUGCUGCUCAAAAGACCCAGAGACCAGUUCGAUUGAUUUUAGAUCGCGUGUCAGACAUGAAAUGGUCUGGAACUAGACAUCCCUUCAAAGCAAACUUCAAAUGUGUCAUCAAUAAGGAAACACUUAAAUUUGAAGGUGCAAAGAUUGAUAUUUACUGCAAUGCUGGAUACAGUUUAGAUUUAAGCGGACCUGUCAUUGAGAAGGCCUUAUUGUCCAUUGACAAUUGUUAUCAUAUUCCCAACUUGGAAGUGAAUGGAUUUGUUUGCAAAACCAAUCUACCAAGCGCUACUGCAUUUAGAGGAUUUGGAGGGCCACAAGCUUUCUUCAUCAUUGAAACUAUGAUUGAACAAGCAGCAGAUAGUUUAGAGAGAGAACUAUUACACAAGAAUAACAACCCUCAAUCCUUGAUAUACCCUCUUGCCUUUCAAAUUAGAGAAGCGAACAUGUAUUCAAAAGAAUGUAAACUAACUCCAUUCUGUCAAGAAAUACCUGAUGUUGAUCAAAUACGAAAAAUAUGGGAGCAAGUUCAAAACAUUUGCCAAUACAAAGAACGACUCGAGCUGGUCAAAGACUUUAAUAAGAAGAAUACUUACAGAAAAAAAGGAAUUUGUGUUAUUCCAACUAAAUUUGGGGUUGGCUUUCAAGAAUUAUUUAUGAAUCAAGGUUGUGCACAGGUAAAUGUUUACUCUUCUGAUGGAACUGUUCUCAUCAAUACUGGUGGUAUAGAGAUGGGACAAGGUCUUCACACAAAGAUUAUUCAAACUGCAGCCACAUGUUUGGGAAUUUCAACCGAGCUCAUUACCAUUGCUUGUCCUUCAACACACUCGAUACCAAACCCUUUACCAACUGCUGGAUCGAUGGGAACUGAUUUGUUUGCAGGUGCUACUCUUGUUGCCUGCAAGAAACUGAACAAGCGAUUGGCGCCGUUGAGAAAACAAAUGUUUGGCAAUAAUCAUAGAGAACUGAACAGAGAAGAGUGGUCAAAGUUGAUUACAGCUGCAUUUUUUAAUAGAAUAUCACUUAGCUCUUUUGGAUUUUUAAAACCUCCGUCUGUAUUUGGAGAACAAUCUUGGGAUGAAGGAACUAUGACUGGAAACCCACAUUUGUAUUUUGUUGUUGGAACUUGUUGUGCCGAAGUUGAGAUUGAUACCUUGACAGGGGAUUGGGUGAUUCAUAGAGUAGAUAUUGGCAUGGAUAUUGGAGACACGAUCAAUCCGGCAAUAGAUAUAGGCCAGAUUGAAGGCGGUUGGACUCAAGGAUGUGGAUUAUUCAUGAUGGAAGAAUUGGUUUGGGGAGAUGACCCAAAGAGAGAAGAUGUUUCAUCUACAAACUUUGCCAAUCCAUGGUUACCUAGUGGUUCAUUCUUUUCCUUAGGUCCUGGUAAUUACAAAAUUCCAAGCUUUGGUGAUUUACCUUCAACUUUCAACAUACACCUUCUCAGAAAAGAUAAUACGGAAGCAUGUAGUUCAGUUUAUAGAUCAAAAGCUGUGGGAGAACCACCGUUGUUUUUGGGCUCUUCUGUUCUGUUUGCUGUUAGGAAUGCCAUUAAGGAAUUCCGACAAGAGAAAAUGCCUCAACAUUCAUCCUUUGUUUUGGAUUCUCCCGCAACAACCCAAAGAAUCAGACUGCUUUGCCAUGAUGAAUUUGUUGGAAAUGUAUCUACUCCACUGCAAAGAGUGAAUGGAAACUUUUAA